AUGGCAAUGUCUAAUGAAAUCUAUGCCAAUGAUGAGUUUGAUAAUGACAAUGAUGAGGCCGCUGACAGGGUUGAGAAUAUUUAUAUCAAUGAAGUUACCAUCAAUUCUCAUGACUCCAGAAACAAGACAAAGGACAUUUUCCCAAAGUGUAGACCCCCGGCUACAAACCCAGGUACUGAGAGCUCAGAGAGGAGAUCCACCAGAGCAGCUCCAGUGUGUCUGGGGCUGCUGUGUGUUCUCUUACUGGCUGGGAUCAUCAGUAGUGGUUUGUUGUCCUAGGCUACCUGUCUAAAAUGCUUGCUUGCUAGCCUAACUUCCUUUCAUGGGCAACGCUGCGCUUGGCCAGCUAGUAAUCAUUAGCAUACUACAUCUAGCUACAUGUUGAACUUCCAUCCUCUCAGGCCAGGGGCACAAUGUAUGAAUUUAUGGUUAGAUCAGAAUCACUGUUAUAAUCAUUGGCCAGUACGGAGAAUUAAGUAAAACCACAAGUCCAAAUCCCUAUCUCCAUCCAUUGUGUAAGGGAUCGGGGGUUGGCUGGGUCUAGACAGAGUCUGACACUUCCCCGAUCUACAGAGAGGGGGAGUCAUCAGACUCGAUCUGGUUCACCUGAGUUCUGAGCACACCUGUCCAUAAUUAGGGUAGGAUAUAAGGUGUGCUCAGAGGUUCAGUCGGUGCGAGGUAUUGUUCCUUUGUGACUUGCUAAGCGUUUUGUUCCGAGAGAGAGAGAGAGAGAGAGAGAGAGAGAGAGAGAGAGAGAGAGAGAGAGAGAGAGAGAGAGAGAGUUUGUUGUUUUGAUUACCCCGUGUAUCCGACCUGUGCCUUGCUGUUUGACUCCCCGUAUUGCUUAAUCCUCUGCUUGUCUGUCCCAGUGAUUACUGUUCUCUGAUCCUGUGCCUGUGACCUCGACUACGACUAAGCCCGUUCCUUUGGUACCUCUGCCUGUCUAUGCCUGGCCUGGUUUUGACCACAGCCGCCCGACCACGAUUAAGCUAUUCCCUUGUCUGUACUCUAAUAAAGCAUCGCUAUUCUGCGAUUGGAUCUUACCACUCUGUCCGAGUAUUCAUUACAGAAUACCUUGCCAUUACCAUGGAUCCAGCGGAAUUACAGAGGCGAUGGGAGAUACAGGAGAAACGCAUGGAUGAACUCCUACAGCUACUCAACGCUGGUGCAGCAGAAGGCACCACCCCGAGUACGGUCAGUCCUCGUCAUGCACCUCCGAUUUCUAUACCGACAAGGUACGACGGGGAACCUGGCAAAUGUCAGGGGUUUCUACUCCAGAUGUCCCUGUAUGUGUCGUAUAAUCGUACUAUGUUUUCCGAUGACCGUAGCAGGGUGGAUUUCAUGAUUUCUCUGCUAACGGGAAGAGCACUGGAUUGGGCUACUGCGCUUUGGGCAGCUGAGGUCCCCGAGUUGAAUGCGGAAGUUCAGUUCAAGAGACUGUUUCAAGAGGUGUUCGACCACCCGUAUCUGGGCGUAGUGUGGGAGACCAACUAUGCGAACUUCAGCAGGGCCGUCGCACAGUAGCCGACUACGCUUUAGAGUUCCGUACUAUAGCAGCCGGUAGCGGAUGGAGCGAGACGGCUUUGCUCACAGUUUUCCGAACAGGGCUGCGCAAAGACGUACAGACUGAGUUGGCUUGUCGAGGAGAUAUCACUGCGCUACAUGAGUUUAUCAAAAUAGCCAUCUCUAUUGAUAAUCUUAUAGUGCAACACAAGGCAUCCACAGUCCGGGAGCCCUCGAUCACUGGUCCUAUGCAAUCGACAGAGCGGAGGAGAGAAUCUGAGGAGGAACCUAUGCAACUGGGACGGUCACCUCUACCAGGUUCGGUGAGACAACAACGUCGGCAAGACGGACUAUGCCUGUAUUGUGGUCAGGCGGGUCAUUUCGUUCGUCAAUGUCCGGUACGACCUAACCGUACCCCAGGAUAUCGCCUCGGAACUGCCAAACCGGUGAGUGAGACUCCAGUGUUGAACAUUACAUCUAAACAAAUGUAGGUGCCUGUCACCUUAUCUGUCGGAGAGAAAGUGCGCAGGUUGGAGGGACUUAUUGAUUCCGGAGCGGCUGCCAGCUUUCUGGAUAUGGGUCUUGCUGAGGAGUUGGGAGUUCAACUUAUCCCCAUUCAACCUCCCCUGAGAGUCAACGCGCUAGACGGUGAGCCCAUGGGCACUGGGUUCAUUACGCACCGUACCGGGGAAAUCAAGUUACAAGUGGGCUCCCUGCACCAUGAGAACAUCAUUAUGUUUGUCAUCUCCGCCCCACGGGAGCCGCUAGUCCUUGGCCACCCCUGGCUCGUUACCCAUGAUCCGGUCAUCUCCUGGAAAUCUGGCGAUAUCACGGCUUGGAGUGAUGUAUGUAGGGCUGAGUGCCUCAUUUUACCUUGCAAAACGUCUACUGUGGAGGAUGCGAAGGGUGCGGUGUCUACUGUUGUUCCUACAGAGUACCAGGAUUACGCGCAGGUGUUCUCCAAGGAGAGGGCUUCCGUGCUACCACCGCAUCGGGCCUGGGAUUGUGCAAUUGAUCUGCUAUCCGGGGCUACCCCUCCUCGCGGACGAAUCUACCCUUUGUCUCAGCCGGAACGGGAAUCUAUGAGCCAGUAUAUUGAUGAGGCACUUCAGCAAGGGGCCAUUCGCCCAUCUACGUCUCCCGCCGCAUCCAGUUUUUUCUUUGUUAAGAAAAAGGAUGGCGGACUUCGUCCUUGCAUAGACUAUCGAGGUUUGAACGAUAUCACCAUAAAAAAUCGUUACCCCCUUCCUUUGAUUCCAGCGGCCCUCGAGCAGGUGGGGCAAGUCUCCAUCUACAGUAAACUGGACCUCAGGAGUGCGUACAAUCUGGUGCGCAUUAGAGAGGGGGAUGAAUGGAAGACCGCCUUCAUCACCCAUCGAGGACAUUAUGAAUAUUGUGUUAUGCCCUAUGGACUUACUAACGCGCCCUCUGUGUUCCAGGCGUUCAUGAAUGACAUUUUUAGGGACUUGAUUGAUCGUUUCGUCAUAGUGUACAUUGAUGACAUCCUAAUCUACUCUAACUCUCUGAGUGAACAUGUGUCCCAUGUACGACAGGUUCUGGACCGACUCCGCCAACACUCUCUGUUCGUGAAGGCCGAGAAGAGUGAAUUCCAUGUCACGACGAUUUCCUUCCUUGGGGCCAUACUCACUCCCGACGGGGUAAGACUGGAUGAAUCCAAGGUACAAGCUGUACGAGACUGGCCUCAACCCCAGACGGUGAAAGAGCUUCAGAGAUUCUUGGGGUUUGCCAAUUACUAUAGACGGUUCGUGCGUAAUUUCAGCACCACCGCAGCUCCCCUGUCGGCGAUGACCAGCCACAAGGGGCGUGGUCUGAAAUGGACGGAGGGGGCAGUGCAGGCUUUUGAGACAUUAAAACAACGAUUUACCACCGUUCCCAUUUUGUGUCAGCCGGAUCCUACGUUGCCGUUCAUCGUGGAGGUGGACGCCUCGGAGGUUGGAGUUGGAGCCGUGCUAUCCCAGCGCCAAGGUGAGCUGCCCAAAUCACGACCCUGUGCCUUUUUUUCUAAGAAGCUGAAUCCGGCCGAGCAGAACUACGACGUGGGAAAUCGUGAAUUGCUGGCGGUGAAGUUAGCACUGGAGGAGUGGAGACAUUGGCUGGAGGGAGCAGCUCAUCCGUUCCAAGUGCUCACGGACCACCGCAAUCUGGAGUAUCUUCACAGUGCUAAACGACUGAACUCCCGACAGGCAAGGUGGUCUUUGUUCUUCAACCGUUUCCAAUUCACUGUCUCUUAUAUUCCCAGGUCCAAGAAUUGUAAGGCGGACGCGCUUUCCCGACGGUUCGAGCGCGCUGACAGACCGGUUGAACCAGAACCUAUCCUCCCCAUGAGUUGCCGUGCUGGCCCUGUGAGGUGGGCUAUCGAUGACACGAUUCAGGAGAGCCUACAAGCGGAACCAGCCCCUCCAGAAACCCCGGUGUCGAAGGUGUUUGUACCAGCUUCGCUUCGACCUCAACUGAUGGAAUGGUGCCACACGUCGCUACGAUCUGGUCAUCCCGGAAUCACUCGAACUACUCGACUCAUCAGUCGAAAAUACUGGUGGGAUUCCCUCACAGAUGACGUCCGAGACUACGUAUUAUCCUGCCCAGUUUGUGCUCAGUCCAAGGCGCCUCGAGCACUACCGGAGGGCAAGCUGAUGCCAUUGCCAACUCCUCAACGACCCUGGUCGCACAUCGCGAUGGACUUUGUUACCGACCUACCAGAAUCAGAGGGCCAUACUGUAAUUCUCGUGGUCAUCGAUCGAUUCUCAAAGAUGUGUCGGUUAGUACCCAUGACCCGUUUACCUAACGCCACUCAGAUGGCGGAGACUAUGUUUAACCAGGUGUUCCGGCAGUUUGGUGUUCCAGAGGAUAUUGUUUCCGACCGGGGACCCCAGUUCGUAUCCCGGGUUUGGAAGGCCUUCUGCGAACGCUUGGGUAUCUCGGUGAGCCUCACCUCCGGAUAUCAUCCCCAGGCCAAUGGGCAGACCGAACGGCUCAACCAGGAAAUUGGGAAGUAUCUACGGCAACAAUGUUCGCGGCAGCCGCAAGAGUGGAGCCGAUUCCUUCCUUGGGCAGAGUAUGCUCAGAACUCACUCAUUCACACCUCCCUACGUCUAACGCCCUUUCAGUGUGUUCUAGGAUAUCAACCACCCCUGUUCCCGUGGGAUACCGCACCCGGGAUGGUACCGGCGGUGGACGAGUGGUUCCGUCGGAGUGCGCAGGUCUGGGAGACGGCCCAUCAACAUCUCAGUCAAGCCUCACAGCAGCAAAAGACCUAUGCCGACCGACGCCGGAGACCUACUCCCACUUAUCAAACCGGACAACGAGUGUGGCUGUCUACCCGAGACCUGCGGUUCCGACGGAGCUGCAAGAAGCUCCAACCCAGGUACAUUGGUCCUUUCAAAGUUCAGAGACGUAUUAACCCUGUCACCUACCGUCUGUUACUCCCUCGACACUACAGGAUAAACCCUACGUUCCACGUCUCCCUGCUGAAACCUGUUCAUUAUAGCCCGAGGUAUCCACCAAUCGCUCAACAACCUACUACACCACCUUUGGAGGAUGAACAGGACACCACCUAUACAUUCCACGAGAUACUGGAGUCAAGACGGAGACGAGGGGGCAUCGAAUAUCUCGUGGACUGGGAGGGAUAUGGACCGGAGGAACGGUCCUGGGUUCCUGCUAAGGACAUACUAGACCCCGCUCUCAAGGCCACUUUCCACGCUGGACACCCAGAUCAUCCCGGACCCCGACCCAGAGGAAGACCACCCGGUAGAGGUAGAAGGCCGUCAGGAGCCGGCCCUGGGGAGGGGGAUACUGUAAGGGAUCGGGGGAUGGCUGGGUCUAGACAGAGUCUGACACUUCCCCGAUCUACAGAGAGGGGGAGUCAUCAGACUCGAUCUGGUUCACCUGAGUUCUGAGCACACCUGUCCAUAAUUAGGGUAGGAUAUAAGGUGUGCUCAGAGGUUCAGUCGGUGCGAGGUAUUGUUCCUUUGUGACUUGCUAAGCGUUUUGUUCCGAGAGAGAGAGAGAGUUUGUUGUUUUGAUUACCCGUGUAUCCGACCUGUGCCUUGCUGUUUGACUCCCUGUAUUGCUUAAUCCUCUGCUUGUCUGCCCCAGUGAUUACCGUUCUCUGAUCCUGUGCCUGUGACCUCGACUACGACUAAGCCCGUUCCUUUGGUACCUCUGCCUGUCUAUGCCUGGCCCGGUUUUGACCAUAGCUGCCCGACCACGAUUAAGCUAUUCCCUUGUCUGUACUCUAAUAAAGCAUCGCUAUUCUGCGAUUGGAUCUUACCACUCUGUCCGAGUAUUCAUUACACAUUGCUAAUUUAGGAAAGGGAUGAUUUUAGCUAGCUAGCUAGCCACCGGAGGGCAACAACACAACAUGAUGUAACAAUUCAAAAACAUUUUCUGUCAAUGACGUUUGUCUUCUGAGGUGAUGUGAUUGGUCUGAAGCCAAAUCCAAACUGGCUUCCCUUCUUCUCACAGCUGAGCUCACUCAGUUUUGCUCAACACUGAUUGGCUAUUAUUAUUUUAGAAAAUUAUCAAGGCAGGCCAAAUGCUCGCUGACUUCCCUUGCAUUCAGUGCUACGGGCGGCAACCUAGUCAUACUCUUUUUGACCAGACAGCACCAGAUAGAUACGCUACACAUCCUGAGACAGAGGGGCUCUGUUUCAUUCGCUCUGAUUCUUUCUCCGGUGACAUACAUUCAGCCUCUUGUGAAUUGAAUGACAUUUAUGAAACACAGAGAGACGAAAGAUAAAUUAUUUUGUUUAUUUAUUUAUUGGUUAAUUUUAGGGGGAAGCCUGGCUUCCCUUGGCAUCCAUGAAUACACUCCACUGGGGAUCAUAGGCCUCUGUGUCUACUAUAAUGGCGUGAUGGGCAGUUUUGAAGAGAACAUCUUAGUUUAUAAAACCAACUCCUCAGCUGAACAAGAGCAGUUGCAGACCAAGUACAACGCCAUGACUAAAGACAGGGACCAGCUCCGGGUUGAGAGAGACGAUCUUCAAGCAAAGCACUCUGUGGUAGAACAACAUGUACAACAGGGAUAUAUGUAUUAUAUAAUUACAAUACAAUAUUACAGUACCAAUGUUUGUUUUCCUAUUAAAUUAAUAUGAGUUUCUUAAAGAGCAACUGCCCCGAAACACCAACUAAUCCCUUUGAAAACAGCCUAUGUGGCAUCGGUAUGAGUCAGAAACAUUUAUUCUAGUGUCAAAAUUUACUAUAAUCAAAAUAGUAUAAUUUUGGUCAUGAAGUCAGUUUAGUCUAAAACGGAGUUUGGAUCCUCAGUGCGUCACAAUGAGUAAAUGAAGGUUGGGUUUGGAUUAAAAUGACCCCUUUUGCCAAGUUCCACGUGCAAAUUUCCCCUCCGCCCUCUUCACUUCUCUUCAUGAUUAGCGGCUCCGUUGUUUCAUCGCUCCCAAUGCGCUCAAACAAAGGAUCACGGCCGUUUGGGACUGAAAAGCCCUAGCUAUAUGGAUUGACCAACUAUGGUUUGCAUGCCCUGCCGAAGGAUCCCCAUUAUGUGGAAUAGGUGGAGUUGGAGUUUGUUGGUCCCCUGUGCUGGAGAGUAUACCGGUAGCUAGACCAUAGACUGCUAUUUAUGUAUCUGGUUAUGUAUAUUUUGAUAAUCAUCACUAUCAUCGCUAGCAGAGCUGAUGUUAUCUAGCUACCUAGCUAGGUAGCUGGCUAACGUUAGCCUAUCUCAAUACAACUCGGAUAUGGCUUGGAAACAUGAUAACAUUUCAAAAGGCGGCAAAUAAUUAGUAGAAAACCUUUGGUCAUGAUUUUGAUGCUACCAGAUUGACUUUAGAUGCAGUAUAACUUUAGCCAGCUAACUAAGAUUGAGUGUACCACCGUAUUUGAGCUUGCUAACAUUAGCAUUGAUAGCUGUUUUCGAAGAACUUUGCUAGUAACCGUAAUGGCAACGUUACCAUCUCCCUAAAGUACAUUUGACGACAACAUAAUAUGCCAAAGUUGUUUCCUACUAAUUAUCUAGGGCACAAAUAAAUAUUGGAUGCAGCUAUGGUGGUACUAGCUAACUUAUGUCUGACUACAAUAGUGUACUAACUAGCACUGACAAACUCAAACCAACCCAGGGCCAUAGCAAAACAUGUCACAGUUUAUUUGCAUAGUGUAACAGCGUCACUGACCUGAAUCUAAUCCAACCCGGAGCAAGUCACUCUACAUCUGUAAAGAUUACAUUAUUUCUCGAGCUAUGUUUAUAAUUGAGGGAUGGUGACAAUUGUUGACCCUGUUUUCUGUUAGACAAAGUGCACAGUUGGGUGCCAGACUGAUCCACUGGUCAUGAACGGAUGCCAGGACCUACCAGAAGGAGCAAAGGUGGGAAUCAUAACGUGUCCAGCAAUGUGAUUGCAAUGGUUUAGCGACCUCCAAAAAUAAUUGAAUUCACUGUUCACUUGCUGAUGACACAGACAGCUUCAUCAACAACGACAGGUACUGUGUGUUAUGUGAAAAUUUGAUUUAAAAAAAUACCCUGCUUGAUAAACUAGUAGUCUAAUUCCUCAGCCAAGCAGAUACAACUAGUAGAGACAUUUUGGUUUUGAAGUGCAUUAGCAAAAAGCUUUGUCCUUUGUUUAGAAGAAAAUGCAACUUACCACAUGGCUGUCUAUGAUAUCACCCUGUCAUAGGCCCUCCCAGUCAACACCACCUCAUAAGAUUGCCUGCUGCAGUUGUUCGAGAGAUGUCCAGUUUGCAGCCGAACAUGCAGUGUAGAGAAGACCUGCAAGGGCUCUCAUCAGUAUCAUACUGGCCCCGUGUAGCUCAGUUGGUAGAGCAUGGCGCUUGCAACACCAGGGUUGUGGGUUUGUUUCCCAUGGUGGGCCAGUAUGAAAAUGUAUGCACUCACUAGCUGUAAGUCGCUCUGGAUAAGAGCGUCUGCUAAAUGAUGUAAUGCAGACAUGCCCUCACUGUGAGCAUUCCUAUGAAUGUAUGUAAACUGACAUUAUUUGUUGCUUAUUUUCUACUUCUUAGAUGCAUAUAAUGUCCAGGGCAUAAAAUAGCCUGGUGGAACCAGCCUGAUCACUGGGUUCACCAUUCUAGUCACAUAUUAUGAUAUCUGAAGUGAAAUAGAAAGGUGAACGCAGCGAUCAGGUUGGUUCCACCAGGCCAAUCAUAACCACCAUUGAUAAUAUAAUAAAUAAUAUGCCAUUUAGCAGACGCUUUUAUCCAAAGCAACUUAAAGUCAUGUGUGCAUACAUUUUUACGUAUGGGUGGUCCCAGGGAUCGAACCCACUACCCUGGCGUUACAAGCGUCAUGCUCUACCAAUUGAGCUACAGAGGACCACACAGUGUGUGUGUGUCUGUGUCUGUGUUUGUGUGUGUUUGUGUGUUGGUGUGUGACAGACCAGUAUCUUUGAUGAGAGGCCAGGAGCUAAUCUACACUGCUAUACCCAACAAUUGGGCUCUGGCAAAGACCUCACCUCCAGCCUCACCUCUUGCCUGCUCACCAACGGUCGUCGAUGGGGAGAACAAAAUUAGGUAUGUUUAGACUGACCUGUUCAAACUUCAACAUAUUAUAUGUUUGUGUGUCAGAUACAGAUGUCAGAUCUUAACUUGAUCACUCUUGUCGCUUUUUCCUGAUGCAUCAAUCAUUCAUAAUUGUAGUAAUGAAUAAAUUGACUACAUUUCUUGAAAUUGACAAUUCUGUGAACUGUCUUGUGGACGUUUCAAAUUGACACAAUACCUGUUAGCAAAGGUGUCAGCUAGAGAUGACGUGCAGUAGCUUGCAGGUUUUUGUAGUUUGCAUGAUGUCUACUGUUAUGCUAAUUAGCAUGUUCGAACCUGAAAGUAAAUAGAGCCGAAUAUAUUGAUAAAAGUCACCUUUUCCGAGAGAGAUUUACAUGGUUAUCAAAACGUCACACCAGGGUAAGCCUACACGAAACACAUCCCUUAUUUUAAGUGUUUCUAAAAUCCCCUAUAUGAAAAAAAUUGGUUUUAUGGGUAUUAUGACACCUCCACUGUGGGGCUCUAUUGCCCCCUAGGCAGAGGUGUUGACUCCAUUCACAUGACUUGGACUCGAGUCUGAAUCGAGUCACAAAUUUGAUGACUUGAGACUUCACUUGAUAGAAAAUAAAAUGACAUGACUUGGACUUGGGACUCGACUUUGACUUGAGACUGAUGACUUCAAAUUAUCUGGCCAGGUUUUGUAACGUUUUGUCAGUAUCUGUAUCGGCUGGGAAAGACAAUGAAAGAUGAAUGGUGCACAUUGUUAUAUUACCAGAACACUGUUUCUAUGGUAUUAUGUACAGGGUUGUUUAUUCUACAUGGACCUGUUACUACAUUUGAAAGUUAUCAAAACAGUUUAGAAUAUCUACAUAAAUUCAGCAAUUGCAUUCCACUCAUAUUACUCUGUAGGCUACUGACCUAUUCAAAGCUUCCUCCGGCAUCUCACCAUACAUCUGCCUGUAGUUAUUGAAUUCAACCUGCAGGAGGCUUGUUGUUUGUGAUUGAGUUGGGGGAAACAGCUGCAGGAAAGGUUCUGACAGAUGGCUGUGUCUUGGUGGUGGCAAAGACAUGCCAAAGAAACACCCACAUCAAACCACAACCCCUAGCCAACUCACAUUUGGCUUCUGUCAUGGCCGCCAGCAUUUUUUAAGGAGCAAGCCAAAAAACUAGGGGCAAAUUAGCGGGUGCAGUUCCCCUUUAAGUUUAAUGUAUUUGGUUUUACUGUAUUCGAUCUCUUGGAGAGACAUUUUAAUCAUAUUCAUCUUUCAAUAAAAAUAAUGUUCUUCACAAAUUGAGUCUGGACACUUUUAUUUUAUAAAAAACCAAAAACAAUUCCAAACAAAGUUAUCUAGUAGGUAGUGGACAUUUUGAUUCUUAGCAUACCCUCUCUUUCCUACACUGGACGACUGAUUUCUAUUUGUUUUGUCUCUACCAUUCCGUAGCCCAUGAUCCCUCUUUCCAUUGGUAUCGCCAGCUACCCUGCAUUUCAAUGAAGGCCCUGGUACUUACUCAACAUUCACCGUGCGACACUGUGAUUGUUACGGCUGAUGGAGGACUCAUCUCCUAACCCUUAUUAAUAGUGGCAACAGCGAACACCUAAAGCAUACCAUCACCAUCAGAUGAAUGGAUUUUAAUUGAUAAGAGCAAUGUUUUAAUUACAACCGGCUGGUUGAGUAGAUGAUGUCCUCACAGCUUGGGUAAUUUUUGGAGUUUACUUUGAACAUUUUGGGGUGGGAUAUGGCUUUGUUGGGAGGGCCUCUCAAUUUCCCAAUUCAUAGAACUUGCAUAAUACAGAUGCUUAGUUUUCAUGUCAAACCUACGGAUAGUUAAAGUGAAUAAAGCAAUAUCAACAACUGAAAUAUGAAAUGGAUCAAAGGCUAAUAAUGGUAGAAAGACAUUUUAAUUUGCCUAGAGUUCAGUUCUUUUAAGCGUUUAAAAUGUAUGGAGGGCAAAAGAAAAUCAUGCAGCACCUGAAUUACAUGCAUUGACAACUUCCUAAUCCAUUACUACAACAGAAUACUGUUCCUAUAUUCUAGUUCAGUCAAUAUUCAGUUAAUUUUUUUCAAUAAUAGGUAGAAACUACUGCACACCCAAAACACAUUAGUGAAGGUGCUGGAGGCAAAACGCAAAACUAGAGAAACAGGACAAAUGAAGUGAUACAAAAAAGUACAAUCAAUAUCACAAAGCAAAGAGGAACCAGCUAUUAAAAUACAACUGAAUAUAAAGAUGUGAGAACUCAAACUUCUGUUUUGAUUGCAAUUAAUUUUAAUUCAUUGUAAUUCACCAGUCUUCCUUGUAUGACAGUUUCGUGUCCAUUGGGUUUUAGUGACACACAUAUAGUAUGUACUAAUGCCAGAAACAAUGCACAGCUCUGACAGCGUACUGAAACUGUCAGAUAAAAUCACGGAGACAGUGGUAGACCAUGGAGAUGUCUGAUGAGAUACAGUUGAAGUCGGAAGUUUACAUACACUUAGGUUGGAGUCAUUAAAACUAGUUUUUCAACCACUCCACAAAUUUCUUGUUAACAAACUAUAGUUUUGGCAAGUCGGUUAGGACAUCUACUUUGUGCAUGACAUAAGUACAUUUUCCAAAUAUUGUUUACAGACAGAGUAUUUCACUUAUAAUUCACUGUAUCACAAUUCCAGUGGGUCAGAAGUUUACAUAUACUAAGUUGACUGUGCCUUUAAACAGCUUGGAAAAUUCCAGAAUAUGAUCUCAUGGCUUUAGAAUAUUCUGAUAGGCUAAUUGACAUCAUUUGAGUCAAUUGGAGGUGUACCUGUGGAUGUAUUUCAAGGCCUACCUUCAAACUCAGUGCCUCUUUGCUUGACAUCAUGGGAAAAUCAAAAGAAAUCAGCCAAGACCUAAUAGAAUAAUUGUAGACCUCCACAAGUCUGGUUCAUCCUUGGGAGCAAUUUCCAAACGCCUGAAGGUACCACGUUCAUCUGUAUAGACACCAUGGGACCACGCAGCCGUCAUACCGCUCAGGAAGGAGAUGCGUUCUGUCUCCUAGAGAUGAACGUACUUUGGUGCGAAAAGUGCAAAUCAAUCCCUGAACAACAACAAAGGACCUUGUGAAGAUGCUGGAGGAAACAGGUACAAAAGUAUCUAUAUCCACAGUAAAACGAGUCCUAUAUCGACAUAACCUGAAAGGCCGCUCAGCAAGGAAGAAGCCACUGCUCCAAAACCGCCAUAAAAAGCCAGACUACGGUUUGCAACUGCACAUGGGGACAAAGAUCGUACUUUAUGGAGAAAUGUCCUCUGGUCUGAUGAAACAAAAAUAGAACUGUUUGGCCAUAAUGACCAUUGUUAUGUUUGGAGGAAAAAGGGGAACGCUUGCAAGCCGAAGAACACCAUCCCAACCGUGAAGCACGGGGGUGGCAGCAUCAUGCUGUGGGGGUGCUUUUCUGUAGGAGGGACUGGUGCACUUCAGAAAAUAGAUGGCAUCAUGAUGAAGGAAAAUUAUGUGGAUAUAUUGAAGCAACAUCUCAAGACAUCAGUCAAGAAGUUAAAGCUUGGUCACAAAUGGGUCUUCCAAAUGGACAAUGACCCCAAGCAUACUUUCAAAGUUGUGGCAAAAUGGCUUAAGGACAACCAAGUCAAGGUAUUGGAGUGGCCAUCACAAAGCCCUGACCUCAAUCCUAUAGAACAUUUGUGGGCAGAACUGAAAAAGCGUGUGCGAGCAAGGAGGCCUACAAACCUGACUCAGUUACACCAGCUCUGUCAGGAGGAAUGGGCCAAAACUCACCCAACUUAUUGUGGGAAGCUUGUGAGAGGCUACCCAAAACGUUUGACCCAAGUUAAAGAAUUUAAAGGCAACACUACCAAAUACUAAUUGAGUGUAUGUAAACUUCUGACCCACUGGGAAUGUGAUGAAAUAAAUAAAAGCUUAAAUAAAUCAUUCUCUCUACUAUUAUUCUGACAUUUCACAUUCUUAAAAUAAAGUGGUGAUCCUAACUGAACUAAGACAGGGAAUUUCUACUAGGAUUAAAUGUCAGGAAUUGUGAAAAACUGAGUUUAAAUGUAUUUGGCUAAGGUGUAUGUAAACUAUCGACUUCAACUGUAUAUGCCAAUGUGGAGUUUGGCAUUGACAAUUGGGCAGCAGACAGGGUUGAGCGUCUUUAUACCAAUGAAAACACCAUCAAUUCUCAUGACUCCAGAAGCAAGACAAAGGACGUCUCCCCAAAGAACAGACCACAGGCUACAAACUCAGGUUCUGAGCGGAGACCCAUCAGAGCUGCUACUGUGUGUCUGGGGCUGCUGUGUGUUCUCCUACUGGCUGGGAUUGUAGGCCUGUUUGUCUAGUAUAACGGGGUAAUGGGCAGUUUUGAGGAGAACAUCUUAGUUUAUAAAACCAAUUAUUCGGCUGAACAAGACCAAUUCCAGACCAGGUACAGCGCCAUGACUCAAGAGACAGACCAGCUCCGGGUUGAGAGAGACCAGUUCAAGACCAUGUACUUCACUUGUGUGCCAUGCGGCAGCCGCUUAAAAAAAACACAUAUUUAUAGAUUCCAUGGAAGUUAG